AACCCAAGCUCGAGCCAACAAGUAUGGCAGAUUCCACCAGAGCAGAUGCUCAUGCAUCAACAUCCACAUCCACAACAACAAAGCUUAGAUCUUUAUCCAGGUCAUCAGAUCGACGUCUCUGAUUUAGCCACUUCAUCAAGAUCCAUCACCAUAAGCUGUCGGGACUGUGGGAACCAAGCCAAGAAAGACUGCACUCACAUGCGUUGCAGGACUUGCUGUAAGAGCCGUGGAUUCGAUUGUUCCACUCACGUUAGGAGCACGUGGAUCCCCGUUGCGAGACGCCGCGAGAGACAACAGCAGCUUCAUAUGUCCACAUCUGGAGGUGGCGGCGGAAGCGGUAGUGGUGGCGGUGGAGGCGGCGGUGCGAGUAUCCCCAAACGCCACAGGGAUACUACUCUUCCAGGAACAUCCUCCUCUUCUCGCUUACCAUCCGACUCAGCAGGGUUGGAAAUGGGGGAGGCAAGUUUUCCGGGGGAAGUCAGCUCAGAUGCGCUUUUUCGGUGUGUUAAAAUGAGUGGCGUAGAUGAUGGAGGAGAUGGUCAAUACGCUUAUCAAACGACAGUCAAUAUUGGAGGUCAUCUCUUCAAAGGAAUUCUGUAUGACCAAGGCCCUGAGAGCAGCUACAUGAGUGGCGGUAGUGGAGGAAGCGAUCAUCAAAGUUCAUCCGCAGGAGGCGGAGGAGGAGGAAAUCCGUUUCAUCCUCCCGUUGUGACCGACGGUGGGGGAGGAGUAUCGUCGGCUAUGUUUGUAGAUCCUAAUUCUGGUGGUUACUAUUCAAGUGACAUGACGACUAGUGUGUUCAUGCCACCAGGUACGCAAUUCUAUCAAAACCCACCAAGACCUUGAUUAAAUCAAGAACUCGAGUUGAUUUUUUUUUGUUUUUUGUUUUAUAGUGAUUCUAUAUAUGUAAUGUGUCUUUUGUUUUCAUAUGCAAUACUUGGACGAUUUUGCAAAUCGGAUAAACAUUUGUACGUCUGUUUGUUGUUAUGUAUAAUGUGUGUUAAUUUAAUAUUUAAAUUGUACGGAUAAUGAAUCUUUAUCAUAAAU